UUCCACAUCAACGCUAAAGAUCUCCCUGAUCACCCACUGGUUUCUGGGUCAUGUAGGACAGAGCUGAGCAUGUAAGGAAUGAGGAACACAGCCAUGGCUCCGGGGGAAGAUAAUGACAGCAUCACUUCCGGUGCUCGUGCGUGGCUCCGACUCCGACGUCAGCAACAAGAUGGCGGCGCCCAUAGCACUACACCUGGAGUUUGGGGGAGGGGCCGAGCUACUGUUUGACGGUGUGAAGGAGCAUCAUGUGAUCCUGCCCGACCAAUCGGAACCCUGGGACAUGAAGCAGCUGCUGGUGUGGAUCAGAGCGAACUUGCUGAAGGAACGUCCCGAGCUCUUUGUCCAGGGAGACACUGUGAGGCCUGGUAUCUUGGUACUUAUCAAUGACGCCGACUGGGAAUUAAUGGGUGAGUUGCGGUACGAGCUGCAGGACCAGGACAACGUAGUGUUCAUUUCUACUCUGCAUGGAGGUUAGAAUGUAGACUUGCUACCGAGGUCUGCACCUGAGCCAACAGACAGUCUCUAUAUGGUUUCCACACACACACUCUCUAUGUCCUCCACUCCCAUUGUUCCACACCAGAAGUCACUGGACCUCUUGUCGUUGUCAACCAAAUGGACUGAAAGAACUCUGGGAUGCUAGGACUUAUGUUCUCCAGGACCUUAGCCUGUGUCGAUCUUGGAUCCGUUUCGCUGUUUAGAACAUGAAUCAUGAAUGCAAUUAUAAUGACAGGGUGGACCUUAUGCUACAUGAGCACUAGUUUUAUUUAUUUUUAUAUCAUGGUGAUGGUCCUUCAAAUUUUGCCGAGUGGGGAGGUGUCAUCUUCAGAGAGGUAGAUCUGUUUAUGUAUCUACGGUGAUGGCAUUAGUAUUGUUCAGGGAGAGGCAAAUUAAUAUUUUUCUGCAGUUCUUCUCUUUUCAAUUGUAUUCAGGAGACAGUAGGACUUGAGCUGAUAGUCUUAAGAAUAUGGUGUGCCAGUUUUUUUCUUUGCCUUGAACUCUGCAUGUGAUUGGUCAAUAAUCCAAAUCAUUUAACCUGUUUUUUGCUUUUUUCGCCCAAAAAUUGCUUCAACUUAAUUCAUUCAGUUUAUAUUUUAAUGUUUUGAAAUUAAGACAAAUCAGUCAAAAACGAUUAAUUUAGCUUGCUGAAAUGAUUGAUGCCAUGAUGUAAGGAUAUAACAUUAAAGAAUGUAUGUCAUUGAAUUAAUAGUUCUGAAUAAAAAAAAUAUUGUGUA